UUGUAACAAAGUUUCCUCCGCGGGCGCCUCUUUCUCUCUCCCCCUUUUUUGUUUUUCUUCCCCCCCCAUUUUCCCCUCCCCCUUUUUUCCUUUUGUUGGGGGGGCCAUUUCCCCCCCCCCUCCCCGCCGCCCGAUCCGCCCCCGAAGUAACUCCUGGAGGAUCGGAGCGCGGCGGGAGGAGCCAGCGGAGGAGGGACCCCCCCACGGCCAACACUUCUGGGCUAAUGGACAGUCAGUCCAUGAUCACCCAGGUUAGCAAGGAAGAGGUGAACACCCCUCUGCAGGAGAAAGGUGCUCACAGCCCAUCGCCCUCCAAGAAGCCCCGGAACCGCAGCAUCUUCCAGUCCCUCUUCUGCUGCCUCUGCCAUGAUGCCUCGGACGCCGUCCCGGUCAACAACAACGCGCCGCUGCUGGUGGAGGAGAACGGCGCCGUGCCCAAGGCCGCUGUCAGGUACCUCCUGCCCGAGAUCAAACCCCAGGAUGCCAGCAAGCUGUGUGUGGUCAUCGACCUGGACGAGACGCUGGUGCACAGCUCCUUCAAGCCCGUGAACAACGCCGACUUCAUCAUUCCUGUCGAGAUUGACGGCAUCAUGCACCAGGUGUACGUGCUGAAGCGCCCGUAUGUGGACGAGUUCCUGCGGCGCAUGGGCGAGCUCUUCGAGUGUGUGCUCUUCACCGCCAGCCUGGCCAAGUACGCGGAUCCUGUGGCCGACCUGCUGGACAAAUGGGGAGCUUUCCGCGCCCGCCUCUUCCGCGAGUCCUGCGUCUUCCACCGCGGCAACUACGUGAAGGACCUGAGCCGCCUGGGCCGGGACCUGAGCCGCAUCAUCAUCGUGGACAACUCCCCGGCCUCCUACAUCUUCCACCCCGACAACGCGGUGCCGGUGGCGUCGUGGUUUGAUAACAUGGCCGACACGGAGCUCCUGGACCUGCUGCCUUUCUUUGAGGGACUCAGCAAAGUGGACGACGUUUAUACAGUGCUAAAGCAGCACCGGACUAGCAGCUAGUGACCCAGGGCCGGGCGAGAUGCCAGCCUGGCAGGAUUCCCCAGCCCUCCCCCUGCCGGCCACCCCACUGAUCUACCCACAAGCCCCAGCGCCAGCCUGCAGCUUCUCCAGGGCGCAGAGCGGAGGCUGUGGCAGGCGGGAGAGGGGCCGGGCAGGGAGCCCAGUGUGGGGCUCACACCCGCCAGGCAUGGGGGAGACGCCCGGCUGCAUCACUUGAAACCAGCCACAAACCUGGACUUUUGUCGUCACGUAACGGUUCUUCUCCUGUAAACUGGGGAGGGCCGGAGGGCAACAGAACCACGGCCCGGUCCCCUCUGAUUGGGCUGGGGGAUCCAGAACCACGGCCCGGUCCCCUCUGAUUGGGCUGGGGGAUCCAGAACCACGGCCCGGUCCCCUCUGAUUGGGCUGGGGGAUCCAGAACCACGGCCCGGUCCCCUCUGAUUGGGCUGGGGGAUCCAGAACCACGGCCCGGUCCCCUCUGA